GGGCCUUAGUCAACGAUCAAAUUAAUCGGAGAAUCUUCUGAGUCCCGAGUCGGGGAAUACGUCUACUCCGCAUGUUGUAUACGUGUUGUAACAACGGUAGGCUGAUGCGCCACUGUUCGUGUAAUCUGUAUCGAUAGUCACUGAUAGUAAACCGUGAACUUCUAAAAUGUCGCGUACGAAAACGGAGAAAAAUGGGAACGGAGCUAAGUGCGAGGUUAGCGUAUGGACACGUGCAAUCACCGCGAACUCAGAAUGGCCGGACAAGGAGGAAUUUCUUGAUGUAAUAUACUGGGCGAGACAAGUAAUUGGUAUUAUUGUUGGUAUAGGAUGGGGCCUUAUACCAUUGAAAGGUUUUAUAGCUCUAUUGUUAUUUGUAAUAGUUAAUGCGGGAAUUACCUAUUUAUACUUUAGCAGUUUCCAACAAAUUGAUGAGGAAGAAUACGGUGGUAUGUGGGAGUUGACGAAAGAGGGCUUUAUGACCUCAUUCGCUGGUUUUUUGGUAACUUGGAUUAUUAUAUACUCGGGAUUGCAUUUCGACUGAUUUAUAUAGACCAUGGGAUAAAGAGCAAUAGCUUUUUCGUACGGAUCAUCGCUGCUGCCAAACUCAUUAUGCGUAUGCAAUAGUCAUUCCUUCGCAAUAGAUAUCAUAUAUUGACUUCUUGUAUACUGUUACAUAUUGUUACAUAUAAAUAUAAUUUAUCUGUAUAAAG